GACCAGUGACCGUGAGAGCUUGAGCUCAAUUCGAUCCAACACGCCGGCGCGCAGGCAGCCUGGCAGCGAAGCAGACACGGCCUGAAACCCGAGUGCCACGAGGAGAUCGUGAACUUUACUGGCUCUCUCGUGUUUCACGUUCACGCGCCAGUGUUUGUUGCGGUGUUUGGACUUGGGAUCAUAUUGUUGCGCGCGCCUUCUCGAGAUUGCUACUCCAACGGAAGCCACGGCAAAGUGAAGCCACAGGAAUAUGCGGCCUUGGAUUCUCCUGGCCACACACAAUCGAAACCAGCUCUUCCAAAUUUCUCCCCGGUGUUUACUGUCCGGUGGGUCCUUCCCCAAGCGCCUUUAGUACCCCCACCACUCGCUCGUGUGACCGUGUCAGUGUCACUGCCCCAACCUCUCAGCUUCCAUUGCGAUUGACGAAGCUGCCAAGCCUCCGGUCUCCGGCCAUGAAGAAGCUCUCCCCCUGCCUUCUCCUCGUCUUCUUUGCCGCCGCGGUGUACGCGUCUUCGCGCGCGGCCGUCGUCACGGACGUGGGCGGCGGCCUGGCCGCGUCGUCGGAACCGAAGAACAAGUGCGUGUACACGGUGUACGUGCGGACGGGCUCCAUCUGGAAGGGCGGCACGGACUCGACGAUCGGGGUGACGCUACUGGGCGCCGACGGGACGGGCGUCCGGAUCGCGGACCUGGCGCGGUGGGGCGGGCUGAUGGGGGACGGCCACGACUACUACGAGCGCGGCAACCUCGACAUCUUCAGCGGCCGCGGGCCCUGCAUGGCGCAGGCGCCGUGCUGGGCGAACGUCACCUCCGACGGGGCCGGCGCGCACCACGGGUGGUACUGCAACUACGUCGAGGUCACGGCCACGGGGCCGCACCUCGGGUGCGCGCAGCAGCUGUUCACCGUGGAGCAGUGGCUCGCCACCGACGCCUCGCCCUACCGCCUGUACUCGGUCGUCAACAACUGCCCCGCCAAGCAGGAGCGCUCGCCGGCGGCCGCCGUGACCGCGCUGUAAAUCGAAGCAUCCUGCCUGUGCCACGAUGUAACUAUGUAUGCGUGAUCCCAUCGUAUUACCGUCUUGUGGAGAUACUCAUGUGAUUGCGCCAUAUGCGAUCGAUUCCGCGCCUCCUUUCUUUUACGAGGAGGUUGUAAUACUUGGGAAAUAAAACCAGCGUCGCGUGUUCUCGAACGCACUCGGCUGAGGCUGGGGCCAAUCUAGUUGGUUGUACGUCUGCAUCACUUCACUUGCCUUCGGAUACGGUCUGCGUCACUUGCGUUGAUUUCUCCGUGUGUACUGUGAAUGCUCUGUCGGCGGAAUCAAAAUUUGUACAAGGCCUUGAGGCCUUUGGUUUGUUACA